AAAUCAUUAAUUUCUAUAGCCUGGUUUACUCAGGGGCUAGGCUGGAGGAUGGGAGAAUUGUCUAUGUCCUCUGAUUUCAGCCAAGGUAAAUAAUCUGAUAACAGAAUGCCCUUUAAACCUGGGACUCUGGAGGUUGUGAGGGGAACAGUGAUCAGCAAGUUUAAAUUGUUUCAUAAACUCAUUGCCUGAUUUCACUGUAAAAUGAUAAAUUACAAAUGGCAAAGUGUGUCAAAUAGAAGCAGAAUCCUGCCAGUCUAGUGCUAAGGUCUUUGGAGACCCAGUAUAAAUAAAAUUUGUUUUUCCAGUGAAUUAACUUGUUACAACAUACCAUAGACAUUAAGGCAUUUGUUGAAUACCUUUGAAAAUUUAGUUAAUUAUUUACAAAAGUAAUACUUGGGGAGUUUUCACAGGUGAUGGAAACUGUAGAUGGAGAAGAGUAAUGAAGAUGAGAUUUAAAAGCUGUUUUGUCUUCCUAGUUAUGGUUUGUUCAGGCAAACUCUUUGCAGAAGAUACACCUUGUGAUUUGCCACAGAUAGAAAAUGGAAACCUUGCCCAGUACUAUUACAGUUUCAAAAAUUACUAUUUCCCUAUGCGUAAAGGAAAAAAGCUCUCCUACUCUUGUGUGGUUGGUUACACAACUGAAAGUGGGACUCAAGAGGGAAGAAUAACUUGUACAGCAGGAGGAUGGUCUCCAGUGCCACAAUGCUACAGAAAAUGCACCAAGCCUCUUUUGGAAAAUGGCUCUUUUUACAGUACAGAAAUGGACUUCAAAAUCCAUGAGAAAUUGCAAUACAAAUGUAACCCAGGCUACCACACCCCAAGCGGUGCUACUGAAGAUACAGUGCAGUGUCAGCCACGAGGAUGGUCCUUCCAGCCAAGCUGUACUAAAAAACUUGGGUCAUUCCGGGUGCCCGGGCUGGAGCCGGGGCUGGAGCCGGCGGGGAGCGGCCCCGCCCGCGCCGGAAUAACCUGCUCCACUCCGAGUGAAGUAGCUCAUGGAGGUUUCUAUCCUGUGAAGAAAACCUAUGAAGAAGGAGAUGUAGUUCACUUUUUCUGUGACAAGUGUUAUUCUCUCACUGGAUUUGACUUAAUUCAGUGCUAUAAUUUUGGGUGGUAUCCAGACCCUCCAGUGUGUGAAGAUGUAAAAAAUAAAUGUCCUCCACCACCACUCCCUCAUGGCCACAUCAACACAGCCAGAAGAACGUACCAUAAUGGAGACAAAGUUCAUGUACAGUGUACCUUGGGAAGGAGAGGAUCUGAGGAAAUCCAGUGUGAAGGAGGAAAAUGGACAUCACCCUCUGUCUGUAUUGGUGAGUACUUCUUGGUGGAUAAACAGGAAUCUGGGGCAUCACCACCACUUGGGGCAGAUGCAGAAAGAAGGGCAAGCCAAACACGUCACGAUGAAGAUAUGAAAAUGCAGCAAGACUGUGCCUCCCCACCUGUGAUUAAAAAUGGGGGUGUCCUGGGCCCAUUAUUGGCAAGUUACAGAAAUGGUUCCUGGGUAGAAUAUGGUUGUCAGCAUUACCACUUUUUGGAUGGGCCCAGUACUGUUUAUUGUGACCAUGGAAACUGGACAGAGCCACCAACCUGCUUAGAACCAUGUAUUCUUAAUGUAACUGAUAUGGACAGCAACAACUUAACAUUGAAAUGGAGACGGGAAGAAUUAAUUUUCCUACAUGGAGAUCUCAUCGAGUUUGAAUGUAAACAGGGAUAUGGUUUUCUCCAGGCUGCCACUCCAUCUCCUGGGAGAACACAGUGUGACCAGGGCAGACUGAAAUAUCCAAAAUGUGUUAUUCAAGCUGUUACAGAAAAAUGUGGCUCUCCACCCUCUAUUGCAAAUGGAACUCUUACUCUCCCAGUGCUGCCCCAGUAUGACAGUGGUUCUUCAGUUCAGUAUAUUUGCUCUGACUAUCACUUUUUGCAAGGCUCUGAGAGAAUCUACUGCUCUGAAGGACAAUGGACUUCACCACCAGUUUGUAUAGAGCCGUGCACUUUGUCAAAAACUGAAAUGGAGAAAAAUAAUGUGCUGCUGCAAGCAUUCUAUGCAGACCAAGUUUACUUUUACCAUGGGGAUUAUGUUGGAUUUUACUGUAAACAGAACCAUUUUGGAGCAGAAUCUGGCACAACUUUAUUUCAAGUACAGUGUAAGAGGGGACAGCUGGCAUAUCCAAGGUGUGUUGAAAGAGGAAAGCAAGUAUGGACUUGAGGAAAACCUGUAGGAGAGGUAAGGAGCUCUAAAGGACUGAGCUUGAGGAACAACAGAAAACAGCAAGUAUAAAAAAAAGUUUUUAAGGCAUCUGUAAAACUACUUAAAACCCAAAAGUAUACAAAUUUACUGAGAAGUUAAUUAUUUUCAAAAUUAUUUUAAGAAUAUUAAAAUCCAAGUACUUUGUAUGAUUUCCUAUGACACUUAAAUAUUGAACUCUUAAGGUUCUGCCUGAGAACAAGUGUGACUACAUCUAUGAAGAAAUCCAGGAAUAUGGACAAUGUUUGCCUUGCAACCAUUUUAGUCUGUUUUAAUAAAAAAGCUACUCUAAGGGUGUCUUCU